AUGGAGGACAAAUUUCGCGAGGCCUUCAUCCUGUUCAGCUCGUGUAACGACAAAAUGGAGCUGCACCAGUUUUACGAGCUGAUGCAUUCCUUUGGGAUUAUCCUCUCCGCUGAGGAAAAGGCUGAGCUCCCCGUGAUGGUCGACAUGGAAUUCUGGCUGAACCUGGCGAACAAGCACUACAACCACGAGGACCCCUUCAAGCAUGUCCGUGGCUUGAGCGAGAAGAACUCCAGCGUGCAGAUCAAAGUUCAUAACUUCGUCGGGGUAAUGAAAGCGCUGGACACGAGACUCACAGAUAAAGACCUGGAUCUCCUCCUCAAGAUAGCCAACCCUGAGAACAAAGAAACGAUUGACCUGAACACCGUCUCGCAGAAGCUCUCUCAGGUUAUCUAG